AUGCUGAAAAAAGACAAUGGGCUCCAGUGGAAUUCAGAAUGCAUCGAUGCCCUGAGGGAACUAAAGGCAUACUUGUCCUCGUCCCCACUGCUCGCCAAAGCAGAACCUGGCGAACGCCUCCUAAUAUACCUAGCCGUCUCAGAGGUCACGGCAAGCGCAGCGUUGGUCUACGAAAACAAAGGAAAGCUUAGAACCUAUUUUCAGUGCCAUCCCAUAUUGGUGGUGACAACAUUCCCCUUGCGGCUAUCGGGAAGACUGGUCAAGUGGGCCAUAGAAUUGAGCAAGCACAAUAUAACAUAUCAGCCACGAACAAUGAUAAAAUCGCAGGUAAUCGCUGACUUUGUCACUGAUUUUCGUGCCAAAAUAAUGCUUGAGGUCGAGCAGGAAGCUUCCCAUACUCCGCCUGGGCAACCCAACCUCUGGGUCCAAUACACCGACGAUGCAUCCAACGCAUCAGGAUCUAGACUGAGACUCGUACUCGAGGUCCCAACAGGCGAAAUUAUCGGCCAAUCCAUACGGUUCCCCAAUAUGACUAACAAUGAAGCUGAGUAUGAGGCCGUAAUUGCAGGAUUAAAGCUAGCUCUCAAAUAUAGCGCACGACGAGUCCUUCUCAGAUGCGACUCACAAAGCGUUGUCAACCAAGUUACAAGGGAUUUCCAAAUCAAAGAGCAGAGGUUACAAAAGUACCAAGCAGAAAUUCAUAAACUACUGUCGGAAUUCGAUGAAUGUCGACUCGACCAUAUACCUCGAGUGCAAAACAUCGAGGCAGAUAGCCUCCCCAAAUUAGCAACAACCACAAAAAAUAUAGCUAAAGAGGACAUGGUUACUGUCCUCCACUCGUCAAUAGACCAACUUGAGGAGGGAGUACUCCCGCAAUACAAAAAGGAAGCUAAAAAGCUUCGAAUGCAGGCAGCCAGGUACAUCAUCAUAAAUCACGACCUGUACAAGAGAACAUUUGGGGGCAUCUUGGCAAAAUGCUUAGGGCUGAAUCAAACAAGGCCCGUGCUCGAAGAAGUACACGGAGGUCACUGUGGUGCCCAUACAGGCAACCAAGCCCUCGUCAGAUGCCUCAUUCGGGUAGGAUAUUACUGGUCCACUAUGAAAAAGAAAGCUACAGAUUAUGUCAAGAGGUGCGAGUAG